GUCUGACAAGACUGGCUAUUAGCCGUCGUUUGUGGCCCUGUCACACAGCUAUGAAACCUUCCGCCAGAAGGAUACUCCGGAGUUUAGCGCUCGCGCUGGCGCCGUCACGCGCAGUCAUCGUCCGUGAACGUGACGGGUUUAGCGCACCAUGACGUGGUGCUAUGGAAAUUACUGGAAAACCCAAACGAGUGCAGUUUUCCAUUAGUCUUCCGGACUACGGUAAUGUGAGCCAGUUGAAGGGGAUUUUGAAGACCAAGAGCACUCCACUGAUGUUCCAGAGUGGGGUAGAGGAAGAGGAGAAGGUGGAGAGGGUGAACAUUUUAGGGAAGAAACGCGAGAGUGUCAAAAUGACGGACCUGCAGACGGGGGUUUAUCCUGGGACGUCCACGACUGUUUUGUCGUCUAUCGAGGCUGUACCGAACCAUGAGCAGAACGGACCAACGAAACAAUCUUCCCAAGAAUACGAAAACCCGGCUUUCGUUGAGGACGAGUUUGACUCUAAAGAAGAUCUGAAACAUUUGUCUGACGUCGUGGAGCAAAUCAUCGGCGAGUCGACAUCGAUGGACAUCCACACGGACACACACCCGUUCGGACGCAGCACGCUGUCUGACCGCAUCUUCGGGGACAACACCAAGAAGAUGGCGGUGGAGUCGAGCGUUCUCGUUAUAUGGGUCCUGUUCGCCGUCUGCCUGGUGGGCAUGGCGGGCGGCAUCAUAUUUCUGGCAGAAACCUAUGCUAAUCGGGCGACAAACCUAACCUCGACCAAUUGAUAUUUGUUUAUAAACAACAGCAGCAUCAAUCGCAGUAGAACCACUGGGAACAAGUACAUGGAUGUUUUGUGGUCUGAGUUGAUACCUUGUAGGACGCCACAAGUAAUGUAGGACGUCAAAUGCAUCACAAGUAAUGUAGGACAUCAAACGCAUCACAAGUAAUGUAGAACGUCAAACGCAUCACAAAUAAUCGGCAGCACUUGGCAAUGUUUGUAAACUGCAGCAACAAUGGCAGCAGCAGUAGCAGCAGCAGCAGCAGCAGCAGCAGCAGAAGAAGAAGCAGCAACAACACUAUAUAGAGUAACAGAAGCAACAACAGACUUUAUACUUUGCAUGCUCUGUGCUGUGUAAAUGCAAGACCCAUAUGAACUAGAUUGUGUCGGGAAUGUGUGUGUGUGUGUGUCUGUGUGUGUGUGUGUAUGCGUGCGUGCGUGUGUGCGUGCGUGCGUACGUGCGUGUGAGGUUCUCGCAGGCCCCCACUUGAGGAUGAAAAUAUAUAGGUUUUUGUGCCCUGUUAUAUAUAAAUAAAGAUGAUCUAAAGACUGUUCCCUUCACUUCAGAUAUCGUUCACACGUAGCCUGUAAGUGUUGUAGGACAACAAACGAAGCACAGCUGAUCAACAGCCCUACAACGACAGAAGCAGCCGCAGCAACAGCUGCAGCAGCAGCAGCAGCAGCAGCAGCAGCAGCAACAACAACAAUAUCAGAAGUAACAUCAACAACAAAUCAAACCAAAACAAGUUGCCUAGCUAGGUGUUGGCAACAAAUGUGAUAACGAGAAUGAAUGUAACAACAUAGUUGUUUUGUACUUUGUGAAUCUUAUAGGAUGACGAACAUGCUAGCUUUCAGCAUUCACAUAACAGACUGCGGAAGCAGUAAGCGGAAACGAAAAAAAAAAAUUUAAUAGAUGUUCUGUUGACUAAAUAUGUGCUAUCAUGAACGACAACAGAGGCACCACAACUGAUCACAAGCAUGCACUGAUGUUUGUAAACGUCUUCAUCAGCAGCUUUGGGAGCAAAAACACAGGUAGCACUAUACCAAAUUACAUCCUGCCGGCUCAAAGUUCGACUUUUGAUAGCGCAGUGAAUACUACCAGUCUUACACGUGGUGAUAAAUGAGAGAUAGUGUUCGUUGGCAAAGCAAAACGUUUUUAUUUGUAGCACAUGCUCUAUGUCGUCUGCUGCUGACUCCUUGCCGUUUGUCACACUACAUUCAGUGCGUUUCUUUUUUGACUGGUGUCAUACUCGCCACACUCAGGCCCAGGCCCAGUCUAGACUCAAGACGCUCAUAGAGUCUGAGACUUUAACGUCAUGGCAACACCAUACAAAUUGUAUGUGUGUGACGUCAUUAGACAUCGAGUCUCGACUCAAAAAGUUUUAUAUGCACGGGCCCUGAUCCAUUGUUUUGAACCUAAUGGUAUUAAAGCUGCAAACGAACUGGAAAAGGGACUGCAAUGGUCUCGAUGCUCAAUGGAAAUUUUAGCCAGUUCAAUGGGGCUGGAGACAGUAAAUUGUGUAUCAAUGUUUCUUUCGAAGGAAGUAAUUCGGUGUGUUGAAUAAUUACAUUCUGUUGAAAGACUCCGGGAUGCCCCAAAUUAAAAUGUGGACCGAUUGUGCCUUUGAAAUGGGAUUUCAAACUAGCAAAAGGAAGACUUUCACAUACGAUAGAACGGUGAACCUAUAUAUAAAUGACACUUCAGAGAAUAUUUCUCAGGUGUUUUGUAAAAAUAGGUGGCUAUGGUAAAUGGUUGUUAUACAAGGUGACGCUUUAAA